GCAUACUUGUCAUGUUGUAAUAUUUUUCUUUUAAAGUCUGAUUUCCCAGGACUACCGCUGCAUGUAUUCCAGUUCCGUGGUUUAAGUUUCGAGGACAUACAGUAGGGUGGUUAGUUCUGGUUUUUACCGGUGAAAGAUUGUGAACAAAUAGGCUGUUAGUCAACAGACGAAACAAAACAGAUUUUGAAAUAGUCACACAAUGCAAGCACAUGAACUGCUGAGACAAUUGCGACUACCUGAGUUUGGAGAGGUCAGGCAGUAUGUUCAGACUCUUCCUACAAACACACUCAUGGGCUUCGGUGCCUUUGCUGCUCUCACAACAUACUGGUACGCCACAAGACCCAAAGCUCUGAAACCGCCAUGUGACCUGGCCCUGCAGUCGGUGGAAAUAGAGGGAGGUGAUUAUGCUCGAAGAUCAGUGCUUCUUGACAGUGACCAGUCCUUGGCGUUCUACUACAGUGAUGCCAAGACAUUGUAUGAAAAUUUUCAGAGAGGCUUGCAUGUUUCAAAUAAUGGCCCCUGCCUGGGAUCCAGAAAACCAAACCAGCCAUAUGAAUGGAUAUGCUACCAAGAGGUGGCAGACAGAGCAGAGUUCCUGGGAUCUGGAUUAAUGCACAGAGGACACACACCGACACCUGACCAGUUCAUUGGAAUUUUUGCACAAAACAGACCUGAGUGGACAAUUGCUGAACUUGCGUGCUACACCUACUCCAUGGUGUCGGUCCCACUGUAUGACACCCUAGGAGCCGAGGCCAUUGCUUACAUUAUCGAAAAAGCGGAAAUCUCCACAGUAAUCUGUGACACACCUGAGAAAGCCCAGCUUCUUCUAGAGUACGCUUCUAAAGGAGUGCACCAGUUGAAAACUAUCAUCCUCAUAGAUGUUUUUGAUCUUGAUCUGGUGGGGCGAGCAAAGAAAUUGGGGGUUGAAGUUGUCAGUCUGAGGGAAAUAGAGUCUGUUGGAAAGGUAAACCGGAAGAAUCCAGUACCACCAAAGCCAGAUGAUCUGGCGGUUAUAUGUUUUACCAGUGGAACCACAGGAAACCCCAAAGGAGCGAUGCUUACUCACGCAAACAUUGUAUCCAAUGCAGCUGCUUUUAUCAAAAUAACAAAGACGUCCUACUGUAUAAGCUCCAGUGACACUCAUGUGUCCUAUUUACCUCUUGCACAUAUGUUUGAGCGGUUAGUACAGGUUCUACUUUUGUGCCAUGGAGCCCGGAUAGGAUUUUUUCAAGGUGACAUCAGACUUCUCAUGGAUGACCUAAAGACGUUACAGCCCACCAUAUUUCCUGUAGUGCCCCGUCUGCUCAACAGAAUGUUUGACAGGAUAUUUGGACAAGCCAACACCCCUUUGAAAAGGUGGCUGCUGGACUUUGCGACUAAGAGGAAGGAAGCAGAGCUGAAAAGUGGAAUUGUGAGGAAUGACAGCGUGUGGGACAAGCUCAUCUUCCGCAAAGUACAGGCUAGCCUGGGUGGUAAAGUACAGCUCAUGAUAACCGGAGCGGCUCCCGUCUCUCCAACAGUUCUGAGUUUCCUCAGGGCUGCCCUGGGCUGCCAGUUUUAUGAAGGCUACGGGCAGACUGAAUGCACAGCUGGGUGUUCGAUGACAUUGCCUGGAGACUGGACAGCAGGUCAUGUUGGACCACCAUUGCCAUGUUGUACUGUCAAGCUGGUUGAUGUGACGGAAAUGAAUUACUUUGCUUCUAAAGGGGAGGGAGAGGUUUGUGUGAAAGGGGCAAAUGUAUUUAAAGGCUACCUGAGGGACCCUGAAAAAACGACCGAAGCUCUUGAUGAAGAUGGUUGGCUGCACACAGGAGACAUUGGGAAAUGGUUACCGAAUGGCACUCUGAAGAUCAUUGACAGAAAGAAGCAUAUCUUCAAACUGGCCCAGGGAGAAUACAUUGCACCAGAGAAAAUUGAAAACAUUUACAUUCGGAGUGAUCCUGUCGCUCAGGUGUUUGUCCAUGGAGACAGUCUGCAGGCAUGCCUUGUGGCAAUCACAGUGCCAGAUCCUGAGGUUUUGCCCAGCUGGGCUAAGAAGAGAGGGCAUGAAGGCUCAUUUAAAGAGCUGUGUAAUAACAAGGAAGUGAAGAAUGCUAUCUUGGAAGACAUGGUGAAACUGGGAAAGGAAGCCGGUUUGAAAUCAUUUGAACAGAUUAAAGAUAUAGCACUUCAUCCAGAGAUGUUCUCCAUUCAGAACGGCCUGCUAACUCCAACACUGAAGGCAAAAAGAGGGGAUCUGAGAAACUACUUUCGGGAACAGAUUGAUGGUUUGUACUCCAACAUCAAGAUGUAACCGGCUGGAUUCAAUGGAAGAGCAGCAGAAAAAGCCAGGAAGAGGCUUCACAUCGACCAUCGGUCAACCAGGAAAAUGAACAAAAAAAAAACCAACUUAAACAAUGUUUUAAAAAAUAUUAGCCCUGCCCACAAGACUGGAUUGGUAUGGUAUAGGAAUUAAUUUAACAAUAGGACCAGAAAAGGAAAGCUGCCUUAUCAGUUUAUUGUUUAUACUUCAAGCCUUACCCUGUCAACGACGUUAUGUGUUUAAAAUACUGGUAUUUUAGUUGGUAUAUGGGUUUAUCAACAGUAACAAGCAUUGCAAAAUGUUACACUCCAUCCAGAUCAACUGAAGUUGAAUAUUUCAUGUAUUUGGUUGUCAGUCACUGCCCAUUGUUACCAGAUUAUUUUUAGUAAUGGGCUAGAUUCUCAAAGAUAUUACUCCAAAUUGUAAUUUGUGGAAUUAUCUGAAAGAAUAAAAAAAUACCAUUGCAAUUCUAAAAUGAAUUCCAAGUCCCCAAGUUAAAAGUUUUUAGUUAAAUCUGGUUUGAGUGUGUUUCUCCUUUUUGAAAAAAAAACAUGCUAUUAUUAUUAUUAUUAUUUGUUUAUUUAGUAGGCGCCUUUAUCCAAGGCGACUUACAGAGACUAGGGUGUGUGAACUAUGCAUCAGCUGCAGAGUCACUUACAACUACGUCUCACCUGAAAGACGGAGCACAAGGAGGUUAAGUGACUUACUCAGGGUCACACAAUGAGUCAGUGGCUGAGGUGGGAUUUGAACCGGGGACCUCCUGGUUAUAAGCCCUUUUCUUUAACCACUGGACCACACAGCCUCCUUAAUGAUGAUUUGGAGUAAAUAGCUUUAAGAAUUUAGCUCAUGAGCUCAAUUUUCUUUUAAAAAUACAAGAUUAUAGUGACCUAUGGAGUGUAACAUUUAUUUUUUAUAUCACUUGUACAUGUUUGUGAAGGGAUGGGUUCUGAGGAAUAUGAGACACUGCAGUGACCUUUUAAAUGUAAUUUGAAUGCCAUGUCUGAUCCUUGAUUCAUUGUAAAUAUAUAUUGAAAUGUGAUUUUUGUACUUUUAUUCUGUAUGCUAAUUUAGAAUAUUUUAUGACACCUGGAAGUGUAAGUUAUGUAACUGUGGAGGAGAAGAAAAUGAUACCAUCAAGGCAUUCCCUAUGUUAUAAAAUAUGAUAUAUGUUAUUAUAAAAUAUAUAUAUUUAUAUAUUAUAAAAAUAUAUGUAUAAAAUAUUUUGGACCUGUUGAACAGCAAGGGAAAUGCUCCAACAUGUCUGAUGCAAUAUACAAUGGAAUUUACUAGUCCGCUUGUGUUGUUUUAGUGACGGAAUUAAUAAAUAAUAAUAAUAAUAAUAAUAUUUAUAUAUAUAUAUAUAUAUAUAUAUAUAUAUAUAUAUAUAUAUAUAUAUAUAUAUAUAUAUAUAUAUAUAUAUAUAAAUGAAUUACAAUCCAUCUUGCACUGGGAUAAAUCAUUUACAGUUGGUCCCAUUAAUGUCAUAAAAAAGCACAGCUGCUGAUUAAUUAAUUUGUUAAAUGAAGAUUUAAUGCUAAAAUGUGACGAAAGACAAAACUGUAAUUUAUGUCCUAUUUCGUUUCCAAAUGGUUGCUUUAAUGUAUUGUCUUUGUGUUAUGUGUUAUAGAAAUAACUGCCAACCUACCAAAUAAACAUUAUUUUUGGUGUGUA